UCAAGUGAGUCAAUGCUGGUGCCUAGAACCUUUGGUCUUGCUGCUGCCCAUUGGCCAUUUCAGAAGAGUCACGUGAUGAAGAUGACGUUUAAAUGAAGAUACUGGUAGCAGUGUCUUGCCUAACUUUCUUUGGCUUUUGGUUGUGAGUGCCUCUUCUCAACAAGCUUUCCAUCAUGAUUGAGCACUUCUUGGGAACCUGGAAGCUGGUCUCCAGUGAAAACUUUGAGGAAUACCUGAAACAACUGGGAAUGAGUGUUACAGACCAGAACCUUGCAGGGUUAGCAAAGCCGAGAAUCACCAUUAGUGCUGACAAGGAGAAGGUUAACAUCAAGACAGAAAGUUCUUUCAAGAACUUUGAGAUCUCCUUUAAGCUGGGGGAAGAAUUUGAUGAAACCACAGCAGACAACCGCAAAGUGAAGAGUAUCGUAAAAUUAGAUGGUGGCUCAAUGAUUCAUGUCCAAAAAUGGCUUGACAAAGAGACCACAAUCAAAAGACGAAUUGUAGAUGGCAAAAUGGUAGUGGAAUAUACCAUGAAUAAUAUUGUCAGCACUCGAAUCUACGAAAAAGUGUGAAGAAAGUAUCUACAGCAGUGAAAACUUGCUCACUAACAGGAAACUGGGACUUGAAGAAGAUAUGCCUCAGGGCCAGAGAUUUAAAAAAAAAAACACUCAGCAUAAAUUUGCUCAAUAAAACCAUCAAAUUAAGUGCAGUUUGGGAGCUGUGUAAUAGUGAGGGUUAGGGACAAUCUCCUCAGCGGGUGAGACAAGACGUUAUUUUAGCCCGUGGUGUGACUGGAAGAUCACUAAAGUGCCCUUUAUCCUUUGUA